AUGCUCUUCAAAUAACAUCAAAAGGUCCAAACAGGAAAAGAGUCAAUAAUGGAACUGAAAUCGAUUAAUGUUUAAGCUAACAUCAAUGCGUUAUCAUUUUAGUUGAGCAGUAUAAGUUUCAAAGUAUCAAGUAUUACAAUGAAUCCUUUUUCUUAUGAACAUAUCACUUAAGAAUUGCUUUAGAGAGAAUAUCUUUAAUCUAAGCCAUUCUAGAUUCUAAACAAAUAAGAAUUUAUAAGAAUUAUUGAUCAUCCAACUAAAUCAUCGGAAAUUACUCCUUAAUCUAAAAUAAUAGGACAAGGCACUCUAAAUUAAUAAUGGAACUAAGAUAAGCAUGUAAUUGAUGAUUUUGAAAUUGACUAAAAAUAAGGAUCAAAUUCAACAAAAUAUUAAUCAUUAUAUAAGUAGGACAAAAAUAACACAAAGCUUUAUUAAUUGAAAGAGGACUAAAUGCAAUUAUAAAAGCAAAUUAACCAUUAAUAUAAAAGAUCGAAUGGAUAAUCAAUUAAAAAUGAGAAGACUGAAAACUUUUCAGAUGAAGAAUCAGCUGAAAAUAACUCUCUCUCAAUUAGUUAAAACUUUGCUGAAUUGAAAUAAAAUGAAGGUGAAAUUGAUGAAAAAUCAUACUUAUAAAAUAACAGAUUCUGGUCAUCAGAUCAUUCAUCAACAUUCAUUGACUUUCAAUUUUAUAAUCAAAAUAUUAAUUCUCAGUAUAAUAAUUAAUCAGAAAAAUACCUAGUAGGACCAAAUUUGAAGCAGUUAUCUUAAGCCCAAUCAAGUUAGCAAAACCUUAAUCAGCGUGUAAUAAAUUAACAAUCUUUUGGUACCAUCAAAACAGUAAUUUAAAAUUAAUAACCUUAAAUAUAACAUCUAACAACUUCUCCUACAGUGUUUUCAUAGAAUAAAUUAUUAAAACAGACAUAACCACAAAAUUAUCAAAUAUUUCAACAAUAAAUCCCACUUGAAUCUCAUCAACACUUUGGAUAUACAUAACUACAUUCAAAUAAGAAAUUAAAUUCGGUUAAUCAUUAAUAGCAUACUAAUAGUCCAAAUUAAUAAUGGUAGAAUAAUAAUAAUCUGUAAAAUAAUCAAAUUAUUGGCUAGUAAUAAUAGCAAGGAAAAAAAUCGAAAUUCCAUCAUUCAGCCUCUCCAUAAGCUUAAAUUCCACAAUCUCAAGGGUAAUAAAAAGAAUCGAUGAGGUAAUAAUUUGAUCGACUAUUACGAGAUAACAAGGAGUUCAAAUCAAAAUAAAAGACUCACAAAGAAGAAAAUAUAUAGAAUUGCAAAUCUCCAAGAUUGGCAGAUAAAAAAAAGGAUUAAAAUUAAAAUAUUAAUAAGAAAUAAAUAUAAAGUCCUAAAGAUGAUAAAGCUUCAAAAAAACAAAAAUUAAUUAGCAGUUAAUCUCCUUUAGAAAAUAAAGGUAUUAUCAAGAAUAGUAUUGGAUAUGUAGAGAUGAAUAAAAUAAAAAAAUAAUAUCAUAGAUCUCCUGAGUAAGAUUUUGAAAGAUUAUAGAAUUAAAGACAGGUUGAAUUGAAGAUUUAAGAUAAAUAAAAAGAUAAUCAUUUAUAUUCAAAAUAAUUUCAUUUUUAAAUCUAGAAUUUACCUCUUUAAUCUUUUGAGCAUAAAACUCUAAAUAUUCAACAAACAUAAAACAAAUAAAAUGUUUCGAAUUUAUAAACUGCAAUGACUUAAAAUAUAUCUCCAUCCGAAAGAGGAGUAACAAAUAGACCAAACAUCAAGGAUAUAAUCAAUUUAAAUGAUCUAUCCCAAUAUUAAGAAAACUACAUAAAUUUUGAUCGAACAACAACUAAUCGUGAAACUUAAAUUUAAAAAGUUAGGAAAUUUUCUGAUUGA